AUGAGCUUUUUGGGUCCUAAAUUACUUUUGAAAAUUGACAGUAGAUUGCGUCAGGCAUUCCCUCACCGACAGCAUGAACCAUUUGGAGGUGUCUCAAUCAUCCUUGUAGGGGACCUCAGGCAACUACCUCCUGUGAUGGACAAGCCUUUGUAUGCAUCACAUUCUACAGCCCUUGCAUUAUGGUGCUCCUUCCAAACUGUGGUUACCUUGGAUACAAGUUUCCGGCAGCAAGGUGCCUCAUAUAUCCAACAACAAUUUCGUGCAAUCUUGCAGAACAUUAGGAAUGCCAAUGCACUCCAAACAAAUUGGGAAGCUCUUAUGUCUCGAUCCUCUGCUAAACUAGCUGUUGAACACAACAAGGAAUUUGACAGUUCAAUUCAUUUAUUUGCAACAAAUGCAUUAGCAAAACACCACAAUACUAAAAGGUUAAAACAAUUGCACUUGCCUAUUGCACAAUGCCUCGCUCAAGUUCCAAGGCAAACAAACAUUGCAUAUGAUAAUGAUGACCAACUCCCUUCUGAAAUACUCCUCUCCGUCAAUGAACAAGUAAUGUUAAUUGCUAAUCUAUGGAUACAAGCUAGUUUUGUGAAUGGCUCAUUAGGACAAAUCAAAUCCAUUGUCUAUGAUACAGAUUCUAAACCUCCUGACUUACCAAAGUACGUGGUUGUUGAGUUCAAAAAUUAUACUAGACCUCAUUGGGACUAUGCAAAUUCAAAGUUUGUCCCUAUACCUCCUAUUACUCGAGGUGGCCACACUCAAAUCCCCCUUGCAAUGGCUUGGGCUCUCACUAUUCACAAAUCCCAAGGCCUCACUUUGAACAAAGCAACAAUCGAUAUUGGAAAGACUAAAAAACAAGGGCUAACCUUCACUGCACUAUCACGAGUGAAAUAUGUUCAUGAUUUAAGAAUAGACCCGCCUUUCACUUUUGAAAGGUACUCAAAAUUACAAAGCAAUGCUUAUACAACUAUCAGAAAGAAAGAAGAAAACAGAUUGGCUGCUCUCUCCAGUCAGAUUUCUACAUCACCCCCCAGCCAACAACUCUAA